CAUCAGGUUGAAAUGAAACUUAUUUGUAUACAAUAUGGAUUGUCUCGGUAUUUGUUGGUGCUAGGAAGAAUUAUCGCUAGGCAUCCUCUGUAUUUUGUAUUUUCACCGAUUAUCAUUACAGCUUUAUUAUCAACGGGCCUGUUUAGAAUGAAAUCAAACAGAGAUGUAGAAUAUUUGUUUACAGCUUUAAAUGGAAGAGCCGAUAAUAAUAAAAAACUUGUCGAAACUCUCUUUCCACAGAACUUAUCUUAUCAUUAUGAUCAUCAUCGUUUAGCACAGAAAAGUCAUUUCACAAUGGUUCAAGUUAUAGCAAAAGAUGGUGGACACAUACUGCACGAUAAGAUUAUUAAUGAAAUAUAUCUACUUGAUGAAAUAAUCCGAAAUAUUACUGUUUAUGUAGACGGGAAAAAAGAAGAUUAUAGCACUCUCUGUGGAAAAAAAUUUGGCAAAUGCGUUAAAAGCAAUGCAAUGAAAGUUUUAUCUAAUGCAAACGAUAUUAAGUCUGGCACUUAUAAAAUAAGAUAUCCAUACGAUAUUGAUGAUAUAAGAAUGACGUAUGACGAAUAUAUACUUUCUUUGGGAGGUGUUUCACUCGACGAAAAUCAAUAUAUAACAGGUGUUAAAGCUGUAAGACUAAUAUAUGUUUUGAAUAAAUCAAAUCCACAGAAGAGAGAAGCUAUUUUAGAAUGGGAAAGUAUGUUUAAUAAAGUUAUAGAAUCAGUAGACUUUGAAACUAUAUCCGUAUCGUAUAUUAACGAUGAAAGUAUCGAAGAAGAAAUGCAAAGAUGUACUGAUAGAUUACUUCUUCGAAUACCUAUAGUAAUUACUAUUGUUUCGAUAUUUUCUUUCGUGACUUGUCUGACUAAUGAUUGGGUAAAGAGUAAACCUUGGCUUGGUCCAGCUGCUUGCCUUUCUGCAGGAUUAGCUCUUGCUAGUGGAGCAGGAUUUAUGUCAUACGUUGGAAUUGAAUACGUGGAUUUCAACAUUGCUCUUUGCUACAUUAUAUUAGGUACAGAAAUAGAUGAUGCUUUUGUAUUGAUAGCAGCUUGGAGAGUAACAAACCCUAAAGAUAGUAUAGAGAAAAGAAUGGGGCAGACAUAUUCCGAAGCGGGAGUUUCAAUUACUAUAACAUCAAUAACAAAUUUUGUUUCGUUUUGUAUUGGAAUGUCAGCACCUUUUCCUGCAUUUCAAACAUUUUGUAUGUAUGGAGCUACUUGGUUCUUUUUUACUUAUGCUUAUCAGAUUACUUUCUUUGGAGCAUGUCUUGCAUUGAGUGCAUACAGAGAAAAAAAUUAUCUUCAUCCUUUAACUUUUCGUCCUCUUAAAUAUAAUGAAGAGAAUUCAGACAAAAAAGCAGAUAUCUACAGAGAAGAAUAUAUAAUGGCAAAAUUUCGAGAUGUUAUUGGUCAUUUGCUAACUUUUCCUUUAGUUAAAGUAAUUGUUAUCAUUAUUUUCAUUACUAAUUUAGGAAUUGGAAUAAUGGGAUUAAUGAUGUAUUCGAAAAGUGGUAACGAUUAUGCUGAUGUUUUUCGUUAUAAUUCUUCUUUAGUUACUUUUAACAGCGUUAUGCAUAAAUAUUUUAAUAAAUAUGCUUAUCCUGUUCACGUUAUAAUUAACGAACCACUUGAUUAUUCAGAUAUAGAAGUUCAAAAGAAAAUUGAAGAAACUCUACAAAAAUUUGAAGCACAUCCGAAUAUUGCCGAUUCUUCUGUAAGACUGUCUUGGUUAAAAUAUUAUAAAUUUUUUCUUAAUCAUCCCACACGGACAAUUUUAUUAAGAGGAUUUAAUAUAUCCGAUAAAGAAGAUUUUGUAUUCGUUUUACGUAACAUAUUCCUACGUCUUCCUCAAGCUCAAGAGUUUAAAUCUGAUAUUAUUUUUAAUGAAAAUCAUACAGAAAUUAUUGCCUCUAGAUUUCUUUUACUUUUAACUAAUAUCAACGAUCAGAAUGUAGAAAUUAAUGUACUUAGAGAUCUUUAUAAUAUUGUUGAUAAUUCACCUUUAAAGAUACAUAUUCAUAGCAUUAUGUUUCAUAUGAUAGAACAAGCAUUACUUAUAACUAGUAUUUUAUAUCAGUUAGCAAUUGUUAGCGCAGUUUUAAUUUGUCUAGUAUUUUUUAUUUUUGUACCUAAUGUAACUUGUGCUCUUUGUACUUCGAUGAUAAUCCUUUGUAUUAUAUGCGAAACAGUUGGAUUUGUUUCUUUCUUUCAUGUAAAAUUAGAUAUAGUAAUGUUAGCUUCGUUAGUAGUGUGUGUUGGUUUUUCUAUAAAUUAUCCAACUCACAUAUCAUAUUCAUUUGUUACAUCGAAUAAACUUAAUCCCGAUGAAAGAUUGAAAAAAUCAUUAUACGAAAUUGGUUUACCAAUUUUUCAAGGUUCGUUCUCUACUAUACUCGGAGUUUCAGUCUUACCCUUUGAACCAUUUUAUAGUUCAGUUUCGUUUUUUAAAAUCGUUCUUGUUAUAGGUUUACAAACUGCAUUUCACGCUAUGUUCGUUAUACCUGUAUUUUUAACAAUUAUUGGUAAUUUUAAUAAAUCUUUAACGCGUAAAAUAGAUAGCACGAAAUCAAUUGGAGCAUUCAUACCAGAAAAUGAUUCACACGAAGAAAGUAUGUCCCUCACUUCCGAAAAAGAUCAAGCCGUUACCACAAAAUUAUAACAAACAUUUACCAAUGUAAAUAUCGUGUAUAUAUAGUCAUAUAA